GUCAUGCAUUUCUAUCCUAAGGCCUCGACCAAAUGAGCGAGACUUCUUUGAUGCCGUAUAUCAGAGGACAGAGGGGGAUGCUCCUAGGUAUGCGAUGCUGCAGAAUAUGAUCCAGCCUGCACCAGAGGAUGGAAGACCUUACGAUCCUGAGGCAGAGGCUGUUGCGGUGGCUGAGAUAGCCGUUGAGGCUGGCAUAUUUGUGGAGGAUGCCCCGACAGAGUCUGCUCCAGAUACUAGUACAGAACCUACUUCUGCUCCUGCUCCUGGGGCUUAUGAGGAGGUGUUGGGUGAGAUAGCCAGACUAUCAGGUGCAGUGGACGAUGUUAAGGCCACUCUAAGUAUCGUCCUUAAAAAUCAAGAAGUCAUAUUAGAGAAGCUGGCAACACUAGGUGGUAUACCUACUCCUGCACCUACUCCUUCACAUACUCAUGCACCCACUCCAACAGAUGAUGUAGAGUACGACAUUCUCCCCUCAUGUUACGAGCCUUCUGUUGGAGAAGCCACACCUUCUCAGCCAGUGCAGACGGUCUUAGGUACGACUAAUCCAUGAGUUUUUUGUUUGUUUUAAAAAGAUUAGAUACUAAUUGCUCCUUUACAGGUAAGCGUACUAGACAGAGACCAGUAAGGUAUGAGGACUAUACUCCAGCAGCCAAGAAACCAAAGUUCAAGGACCCAGUUACGAUCCUUCCUUUAAAGGUGUUGGAUCAAGAUAUGUUGACAACUUUUAACCGAUGGGUACUCGGUGAGAUUGAUAACAGUAGACCGAGGAAGUUGGAAUGUUGUGAUGGGACCCCUGUUUGGUUCUUGAAGUUGAAGGUGGCAAAAGAAUGGUUGGCAGAAACUCAUCUCGACGCUGCGAAUUAUCUUAUACGGAGACGUCUUUUUGAGUUGCCGAAGACGUACCCCGUGAAAGCCACCGUACUUGAUUCAUCAUUUGCACAAUAUAUUCCUGCCAGAUACGAGGAAUUCAAGAAAAAUGGCA